AUGGACACUGCAAUCAAUCGUGUUCUAGACAGUGUAGAGAUUUUACUUCCUGUGCAAUCAAAUAUCCCGUCUAUUGAGGCACGCAUUUUGGAACGAGAUCAAGACAAUCAUUCUAUCCAACUGCGCAAGGCUCUGGCUGCCAGCAAGUUUGACACUGUUCACAAGUCUUCGUAUCGUCGAAGAGUGAGUGGUAGUGCUCUAUCUAGCCACUAUCCUCAUUUUGAAAGUGGUAGUACCAUAUCACCUAGCAUUGAUGCAUCUACAUCAUCCACUCCUUCACACGGUGUUGCACUAAAACAAACCAUUGCCAGAUCUGGUCCAGAACUUGGCUCUAAUAUGCCUUUCAAACCCCUUUUUCCAUCCCAUGCUCAGUCUCAACUGGAUAAUACUCCGCUUCGUUAUAGGCAACCCACCAAGAUUGCUACUAUGGAUGAGCCAAAUGCUCAAGUUCAAUUGAAUUCCUCAGCUACUCCAUCACCAAGUCAACAAUCACUCACUUCUGACACAACAUCUCAUAUAGACUCUUCGCCCACUACAGUUCAUCUUUCAAAAGAACAGCAGCGCAAGAUUUUUCAGGCGCUCAAGAAAAAGAUAAAAUCACUUCAAACUGAGCUGGAUGCUGUUAAAACAGAAUCUAGAUCCCAACUGGACUACAGUAAUAAUCAGAUUCGUACAUUGCAGGAAAUCAUCGAGUCCAAACAGCACCGUCUUAAAGUGCAAGCAUCUUUAGGUUCAUUGUCAAAUACAGGAGGAGCAAAUGCUAGUUGUAAGGAUUCGGAUAAUCCAUCUCCAAAGCAUAAACAAGUAUUGCCAGAAACAACGGAUGCGUACACAUUCAGUCUGAAUGCGACUGUAAAGACUUUAUCUACUCAUAUUAGCCAGCAAGCUGCAGAAAUUGAUCGUCUUACAUCCACUAUCACGUCAUCUACAAUACACUGUAACCCCGCCUCUACCGGUAAUAUCGCCCACUCAAUCAACUCACUUGAGCUACAGGAGAAACGAUUGCAAAACACCAUUUGCAAUACCACCAACAAAAUGGCCGACUGUUUAGCUUUAGUAUUUCCUGAACAUAAUUUCAAUCCAGUACCAUCUGACUCUAUCAGUCGUAUAGAGUUUGUUGUUUCUGGAUUUGAAGCGCUACAAGCCAAGAUGGACCAAAUGGAAAGUUCCUACAAAGUUUAUCUUGAGCGACACAGACUUGAACAAAUCGAAUCGAAUCUUGUAGAUGAUAACCAUAUUCAAUCUAUAGACUUGAAUGCAGACCGAAAGAAAAGGGAAAUUGGGCAACUCAAGUUAACUCGAGAUACCCACGAAUCUAUUGCUCGCGCUGUUGAACAAGGUUUAUAUGUAACACCAUCAAAGACUGUACUUUCAACCCCCAGGCCUCAAUCAAUAUCAAUGCAAACCGCAUACUCGACUCAUCAGGAGAUUCAACCUAAAAUGAUAGAUGAUGCACUUCCCAACACAGACAACCCGCUUGCAGACAGAUGGUCCAGUAUCUUGCGUACUCUGGAGCAUCGACGGUCGAAACGCAAUUCUGCUCAAGGGAAUCGGAGAUUGGAACCAGAUUCAGUCUAG